AGUUUUGACUGAGCUAUCUUCAGAUUAAUGUGAAGAUGUGAGAUGCCAUUGUGAAAACACAAAAAUGUCCAAGGUAUCAAUUGAGAAGGUUAUUUCCGUGUCCUCGGAGCAUCCGGACCAUCUAGCUUCUAAUAUCUUUUCGGACAGUAGUGGUUACUGGACAUGUAACAGCAAAGGAGAGAAACAGGCGUCAGUUGUUGUUCAGCUGCAGCGCUCGACCAAGGUCACGAGUGUGCACGUGGGCAACUAUGGAAGUGGGUUUGUGGAGGUGUUGGUGGGCAAGGCCACUUCGCUUAAAGAGGAGGACUUCAAAGUACUACUCCUCUGCAGCUCACUUAUGACACUACAGGACAGUAGAAACGAGAAAAAUAUGCAGGGGGUGAAAAUGUUCUCCGUGGCUAAACUGAAUGCUGAAACCCGCGAUCAGUAUUGGGACCGAGUGAAAGUGGUUUGCACGCAGCCUUUCAAUAAUCAUCUAUACGGGCUGACGUUUUUCAAACUGAUGGGAGAAAGCCAUGAAGUGCAAACUUCUUCAUACUCAAGUGCAAAUGCUCUAGCCUCUCUUACAGUACCUUCGACCUCAAGCGAACUAGCUCCAGACACCAUAAAGAUUGGCUCUUUCUUCAAAAACAGACAGUCGCUUACAAACUCAAUAGCCUUAAACAGUUCCACAAAACCGACCAUUUCUAAGCAGAAUUCGAAAGAAGACAUUUCGAAAAACACGCCAACAAAAACAUCUGUUAGUAUAGCUUCUGAAAUGAGAGUCAAUUCUCCAUCUACACUCGUUGCGAAAGAUUCGAAAAUAGAAGAUAAUUCAAAAGAAAGUCCUUUAACUGGUAGUAAACCACCGCGGAAAAUGCCCAAUUGGGAAAUGAAAACACCAUCGUCUGCUUCAAAAACUACAAAACACAAGCUAACUCGAGAGAAUUCACAAGAAUCCACUGAAAAGAAACUGACUCCUGUAAAGAAAGAGAGAAAACUAUCAGUGGAAUCCGCUUCAAAGAAGCCAGCAGCACCGGCUGUGAAAUAUGACAAGUUUGAGUGUUUGAUGAAAGACGUGGUGUUCUGUCUGAGUGGCUUUGUGAAUCCCUUGAGGGGGGAGUUGAGACAGAAGGCGCUUGCGAUGGGUGCCAAAUACAAGCAAGACUGGGACAAUGCCACCUCUACACACCUCAUAUGCGCGUUCGCCAACACGCCCAAAUUCAAUCAGGUGCAGAAGAGCUCUCCCUCUGCGCACAUAGUGAAAAAAGAAUGGAUUCUGGAUUGCCAUCAAAACAGAACCCGACACAACCUCACCAACUACUCGCUGAUUCCGCUCUCCGACCAAACAAAGGAUGAACCAGAGAUAAAAGCUUCUUCAGAAGGCGACAACAGUGAUGCUAAUGAGCCUAAAUCGAGUACGUUUUCUGAAAAGAAAGAGUCUCAAACUAUACGGACCUCACGCAAUACUUCAAAAGCGAGGGGUCAAAUGAAAGAGGAAGAAAGUGAUUCGGCUUAUGACGUCGAAACAGACGAAGAGUAUGAUCCAUAUCAGGACAUGGAAAAUGAAGACGACCAGUUAGUCUCGAUGCCAACAAAGCCGACAAAAAAAGAAACUCCAGAUAAAACAGAGGCUUUGAAUUUGGAAAAUGUGGAGCUGCCUCCGUUGCCUGAUUUUUUCAAAAGACGGAAGUUUCUUUUGUUCGGAAGUUUCGACUCUGAACUAAGGCGAAUGAUGAAGAGGUUGAUCAUAGCCUAUAACGGUGUGCUUAUGGACUACAUGGGCGAAGAUGUAAACUACAUAGUGACUAGUGAGAGUUGGAGUGACAAGUUUGACCAGGUGCUGGAGGACAACUCAUCAGUGCAGUUUGUGAGGCCCUCUUGGCUCACAGCCUGUGACUCACAGCAGAAGGCAGUCCCUCUGCAGUACCACCUAGUGCCACCCACGUGAUCUAAAAGGAGAAAGGAAGUGGCAGUAGUGAAUGAAAUGAAAAAAAAAACAUCAUGACUCGAUUGAUUAUUGCCUCAUUGGUCAGAUUUUGCCUGAACUGAUACAUGGUAGAAAAAACUUAAUUUUCGUUCGAGAGCUAUAUGUUUACUCUAAUUGGAUUUUGAUUCGCGUCUAUAUAAUUUUAAAACUGAAAUGGUGAAAUAAAAUGAUGAAAUAUUUUUCUGUCUGGAAUUAGUUUAGUUGAUUUAAC